AUGGUCGCCAGCGGAGACCAAGCCGCGGGAGGCGGUGCGCGCGCGGUGUCUCCGCGCGGCCUGCGGCCUCCGGGCCCCGGGGCGCGGCGUGGGCUGCGGGCGACCGGCCACGCCGCCAGGCCUGCGGCUGGAGAAAGGCCUGCGCGCGCCCCAGCGCCCGCGAUCCCGGGCCCAACUCGCCCGGGGCGCUGGGCGGACACCCGGGAGAGAAAGAAAGGCGCUUCCCUCGGCCUCGCGGGUCGGUCCGGCGCCGCGGAGAACCGGGAGAAGGGAGGCGGCCGCGGUGGCCGGGUCGGCCCCGCGCCAAGCCGGGUCCCGCCGCCCAGGGCGCUCCCUAGCCGGCCCCUCCUGCGAAACUUUUUCCUUUGGCUUCGCCCCACCCGAAAAGUGCGGCCCGGGCGGGGGAGGCGGGCGAGGCGGGCGGGCCGGGUUCCCGGCGGCGGCGGGCGGCCGGCGAGGAGGAAGUGGUGCCCGCGGGAGCGCGGCUGGGCAGAGGAAAUGCCCGGCCCGCCCGCCGGCCCCCCGCCCGCCGCCCGGCCCGCCCCGGACCCCCGCCCCGCCGCGACUUUGGCGGGCAGCUCUCGGCGCGGCGGUGGUGACGGCGUCGGCAGAUGUGGCCCGGCUGCCCCGAGGAGCCAACAAUGCCGGGCCGGCAAAACAAAAGGGCUCCGCUUCGCCUUCUUCCCGGUCUUUCACUUGCGCUCUCGGGGCGCCGCGCGGGAUCCCCUGGCCGACAGGGGCCGCGCCCCCAAGGGCUCGAAACCACGCGUGCCCCGACUUCCCCGCGCACCCCCGCCUCCUCGUCGCCCCCGCCCGCCCGCCCGCCCGCCUCGCAGGCACCAGGCCCGCCGCACCCCGGCGUGUUCGGACUUCGGGUCCCGGGAGAUCCGGCCGUAUUGUCCCCGCGCCGCGCCGCGCGCUCCGCCGGGGUCGCCGGCGGCCCCCGCGCGCUCACCUACCGAGCUCGUGGAGCCGGAGCCCGGGGCGCCUAGGAAACCGUCGCCGAGGCGCCGCCGCCGCCGCCGCUGCCCUCCGGACGCCGCCGCGCUCCGGGUUUUCCUUUCCUUUUAUUUUUUUUUCCCCAAUCCUGAUGGGAAGGAAGGUGACCGCCUACUUCGCAUUCAUCAACUCUCAUCACAACAACAAAAAUCCCGGCGCACACCGAGGCCAGCGGGAGCGAUCGGCGGCGGGGGGGGUGGGGGGGAACGACGACUCCCCCCAUGCGCCGCGGGCCCCACACCCCGCUCCACUGGGGGCGGGCACGGGCCGGGGGCGCGGACCAAAGAUGUCCUCGGAUGCCGGCUCGGUGUCCUUCGCCCUCCGCCUCCCGGAGUGGCGCAGUGA